GGCGGUGGCCGCCGGGCCGGUGUCAGGUGAUCUGAACUGAGCAGUCCCGAGCCGGGGAGCGCGGGGCCCUUGUUUGCGUGCGCCAGUGCCCACCGGGUUUGAGUCGCGCUGUGGUCCGAUUCAGCCUAUGGAUGAGACGAGCCCCUUGGUGUCUCCGGAGCGCGGUCCGGCCCCGGGAUAUGGCCUGCCCGGAGGUGCCGUGCGCUCUCCGCCCUGCCCCGCCGCUCCCAGCAUCCCCUCCGGACCUUGCCCCUGUCCUUCCCCUCCGAGUUCCCCCACAGGUGGCCGCGACCGGGAGCGCCAGCCUCUGCUGGAUCGGGGCGCAGGUGCGGAGCGCGGGACUCGAGGGGCUGUAGGGACAGCCGGGGCGGCCCCCAUCCAGCCUCAGGCUGGGUCCGGGACAGCGGCCGCCGUGGUCCGCGGUGAGCGGGAGCCUCGCAAUGAAUUCCCCGAUGACCCAGAAUUCGCCGAGGUGGUGCGACAGGCAGAGUUGGCGAGCGAACGUGGCAUCUACCCUGAGCGGAUCUACCAGGGCUCUAGCGGCAGCUAUUUCGUCAAGGAUCCGCAGGGGAAAAUUAUUGGCGUGUUCAAACCCAAGAACGAAGAACCCUACGGACAGCUGAACCCAAAGUGGACAAAAUGGCUGCAAAAACUUUGCUGCCCGUGCUGUUUUGGAAGAGACUGUCUUGUUCUCAACCAAGGAUAUUUGUCUGAGGCAGGUGCUAGCCUCGUUGACCAGAAGUUGGAACUCAACAUUGUUCCCUGCACAAAGGUGGUAUAUUUGGCCAGUGAAACGUUUAACUACAGCGCCAUCGAUAGAGUGAAGUCCCGGGGUAAACGCCUGGCCCUGGAAAAAGUGCCAAAGGUUGGGCAGAGAUUUCAUCGAAUUGGGCUUCCUCCAAAGGUGGGCUCCUUCCAGCUCUUUGUGGAAGGCUAUAAAGAUGCAGAUUUCUGGCUGCGUCGCUUUGAAGCAGAGCCUCUCCCAGAGAACACUAACCGCCAGUUGCUACUGCAGUUUGAGAGACUAGUGGUACUAGACUAUAUCAUUCGCAACACUGAUCGGGGUAAUGACAACUGGCUGAUCAAAUAUGACUGCCCGUUGGACAGCACAAAUGUGCGGGACUCGGAAUGGGUUGUGGUGAAGGAGCCUGUCAUUAAACUGGCUGCCAUUGACAAUGGCCUGGCUUUCCCUCUCAAGCACCCAGACUCUUGGAGAGCAUACCCUUUCUACUGGGCGUGGCUGCCUCAGGCCAAGGUGCCCUUCUCCCAGGAGAUCAAGGACCUAAUUUUGCCAAAGAUUUCAGACCCCAAUUUUGUCAAGGAUCUGGAAGAAGAUCUCUAUGAACUUUUCAAGGUACCCACAAGCAGCAGGAGGGAUCCAGGUUUUGACCGGGGGCAGUUUCACAAGCAGAUUGCUGUCAUGCGUGGUCAGAUCCUGAACUUGACACAAGCCUUGAAAGAUGGGAAGAGCCCCCUUCACCUGGUCCAGAUGCCACCCGUCAUUGUGGAGACAGCACGCUCCCAUCAGCGUUCCACCAUUGAAUCAUACACACAAAGCUUCCAGAGUCGCAAGCCCUUCUUUUCCUGGUGGUAGCAGUUGUCUCCGUACUCAUCAAGGAACCUGAGGGGGUAGGAGAGUAUCACUUGACUGCGGGCAACCAAUCCUCCAGGCUGAACCAGCCCUGAUGCAGCCAGCGGACGAGGUGUAAGCAGGUGCUCCAGUCAGCCUCAACUCUGCACAUUCCCAGCAGCAAGGGAAGGUCCUUCUUUAGAUUGACUGCUCCUCCCCUCUCGCUGUGGGCUGGAGAGGCUGCUCCCCGGCCUGAGCAUGGCAACCUCUUCCAGUAGGUGCCUGCAUGCAGCAUCCUUUUGGUUUCAAGCCAUCCCUUUCGUAUCCAUCUGGGGUGAGAAUACAGUGUCCUCUGCCCAGGCAAGCUGGGGACAAGAGGAUGCUCAGAGUUGGAUAGAAGUGCUCUUGCUCUGUGUGCAAAUGUCAGCCUUGAGUCUCUUUCCUCCUCUUGUUGCUCCUCUAAACAAAGAGGGCCUUCUUGCCCACUAGGCUUGCUCUAUUACCUUUGGCCCUAUGGAGGUGUUCUUAGUGCUGGUUUUGGGUGGGGGUGGGGCAUGGCCAUCACCGGCUGCUCCUGGGGGAAAUCUCAAGUUGGGCUAGAGGGGCAAAGUUUUAGGAUUGGGCCAGAGCAGCUUUUGUCUGCUUUGGAAUAGUCAUAGAUGCUAGGGGCAGAUGGACUCUGCAAAGGAGCUAUAGGGUCGGUGAGUAUAACUGCUCAGCUUCCCUUGCUUCAGCCAGCAGGGAGGAAAGGCCUCAAAUAGAAGAUUUUAAUUUGGUUUUAAUUUCUUCAUCCACAUGCACAUACUCUUAUGCUCUGCAUAGUCCCAGAAUAUGUACGGGGAAGACUAUAUAUCCUACCACUGCUACCUUGGGCUACUGUUUCACAGCCACUAAAUAAGGUUCCCAGACUGACUAAUACUAUCUUUUUCUCUCUAGAAAUGUGGAACUGGGGAUGGGGGACAGAAGAGAGAGUACAGUUAAGAGGCAGCUUUGUCUCACUUCUGCUGAGGUGGCAGCCUCCUCUUUUGAGUUCUGUACAAGCAUUGACAAUCGGGGAGGGAAAGGUUCUCUGUGGGGCGCCGCUGCCUUCUGGCAUGGGGCAGAUCUCCUUCAUACAUUGUCUGCAGACCUCUAAGGGGAAGUCCUGCUUUCAGGAUCACUACCAUAUUGAGGUUUUGCCUCGUAUACAGUGGGACAGUAUGAUGAAGGCUGUUUUGGUAGAGACAGCCAUGCUAAAUCCCUGGCAACAAGAACGUCCUGUUUGAAGCUGUCAGUCAAAGUGUUCUGGUUUCUCCUUGAGUGCUGCUGGCAUGGUUGAUGUCCAAGCCUGUGAGAAGUCUUGUGCCAAGUUGAGCCCAGCUUCCCUCCUGUUCCAAGUAGGAACCUGAGCACCCUGUAUGUGGAGCCUGCCUUCUCUGGAAGUCCCUGGUUGGAGAGACAAUUCCCUGCUCUAUGCCUGAGGUGCCAGCCUGAAGCUGCUGUACUUGGCACUAGGAGAAACUUUUCCUUUUUGCCAGCCUGAACUGAAAUGUAUCGUUCUUAUGCACUGUAGAAAUGUAUGUAAUAUAUUUAAAUCAAUGCAAGUAUCUUCAUAACAGGUC